CAUCGAAGGAGGAUAUGUAUUUGGUUUCGCUCGAGCAAAAAAUCCCUUAUGUAAACUGUAACAUAUGUUUUAAAUUAUUAAGCGACGUGUGAAAGUUUAGCUAUCGCAAGUUAACCGUAGCUCUCAUAAGGGACUGCAGAAGGGUACAGGCAAGUGCCGGCGUCACGUGUACUCCUCGCGAACACCUGGGUCUAAGAUGACCUCAACGGGUGAAACUAAGCCAGGAGACACCAGCAGACCCUCAGGCAAUGGCAGGAUUCUCGCACUGACGGUGUGCUCUGCAGGCAUUGGAGGCACCUUCCAGUAUGGCUACAACAUCUCAAUCAUCAACGCCCCCACCAGCUACAUCCAGAGCUUCAUCAAUAACACCUAUAUGGAGCGAUGGGGCACAGGCCUGGACAUCCCUCAGGUGACAGUCUUGUGGACUCUGAUUGUGUCAGCCUUCUCUCUGGGAGGUCUGAUUGGGGCACUGCUGGCAGGUCCCAUGGCCGUCCACUGUGGCAGGAAGAAUUCGCUGCUUGUGAACAAUGUCUUCUUGUUCGUUGGAGCUGUUCUUGUGCUCACGUGCAGGGUGGCAAAGUCUUUUGAGAUGGUCAUCCUCGCCAGGAUCCUGGUGGGGAUAAACUCAGGUGUGAGCAUGAACAUCCAGCCUAUGUAUUUUGGGGAGAGUGCUCCCACACACCUGAGAGGUGCUGUGGCUUUCUCCUCCGCUGUUUUCACUGCUUUUGGGAUUUUCCUGGGUCAGGUGGUCGGACUCACUGAGCUGCUGGGCUCGGAGCCCCUCUGGACUUACCUACUAGCUAGUAACACUUUGCCUGGACUGAUCCAGCUGCUUACCCUUCCCUGGUUUCCAGAAAGCCCUAGGUAUCUCCUGAUUGACCGGGGAGACCGAGAAGCGUGCCUCCAUGCAUUGGGCAGACUCCGUGGUGGAGAAGCUCCUGUUUUGGAAAUGGAGGAGCUAUGUCGAGAGCAGCAGCAGCAAUUGGUAAAUAACAGACCUGGGGCUGCUUCCAAGACACCCUGGUCCCUGUUUAAGGACCGUGAAUUGAGAUCCCAGCUCAGAAUAGUCAUGUUUGCCAGCAGUGCCAUGAUGCUCUGCGGCAAUGACUCCAUCUACUUCUAUGCUUCCUACAUCUUUCUGGAAGCAGGUAUACCUUCAGACAAAGUUCAGUAUGCAGCCAUUGGCACUGGAGCGUCUGAACUAAUUGCAUCUAUACUUAGCAAUCUUCUGAUUGAACGCAUGGGCCGUAGGUACCUUCUUCUUGGAGGGUACAGUCUAAUGUCUUGCUGGUCUAUAGUUUUUACCAUCGCUCUGAUCCUCCAGAGUCGUGGGGUGGCGGGAAUGCCCUACUUAAGCAUUGUAUGUGUUUAUGCCUACAUCCUCAGCUUUGGCUUAGGGCCUGCAGGAGUGACGGGGAUCCUACCAGCUGAGAUAUUUGAUCAGGGGGCUCGACCGGCUGCUUACAUGAUUGCCGGCUCAUUCAUGUGGCUCAGCCUGUUCUUGGUAGGAAUGUUGUUUCCCUUCAUUGUCAACGGCCUGGGGAACUUCUGCUUCCUGCCUUUCUUGGUGGUGUGUUUGAUAUCCGCAGUGUUUUUGGGGUACAGCGUUCCAGAGACUAAAGGCAAGACACUGGCCGAGAUUACAUCUGAGUUUCAGAGAAAAAGGGAUACGAAGAAAAGUAAGCCAGGGAAGCAGGAGGAUGGGACUGUGGAGAAUCACUACCAGCUUGGUGCAGCCUCCUCCUUCACCUCCUUAAAGCAAUAUCCGGGUCUGAACCCAAUGAAUGAGGACAGAAAUUUGAUAAACUCUAGCGAAAGAGAAAACGAAUCAGACCAUGCGUUUGGAGUCAUUGAAAGCACUUUAUGAGUUGGGUAGAUUGCAAUUAACUUUAAUAAUAAUAAAUUAAAUGUAUUUAUGGUUAGGAGCUUAGUCCUGUUGCAAACUAACACAAUAUAACAAUAUAACCAAAAAAACAAACAUGCUGCAAAUACAGAUACACACUGCAAAAACUCAACUCUUUCUCUGCGAUUUCAUGAGUUGGGUUUUUCUGAAGUUUUUUUUGAAACUCCUGGAAACAUUCCUGUUGCAAUCUGUGCUACUUGUAGCAUGCAGCGCUAAAUUCAAAUCUAGUGUGUCAGUAGUACAUGGGAAGGAAAUCCAAAGUACAGCAGACAAGAAACGGCCAAAUGAAGCAAUCAAGACAAUAAUAUACCUCAAACGCUGCCUGAUAUUCCAACAUCAUGCUCACUCAAACUCUGUGAAUGCCUUACAACCAUAUGGACAGUCCUUUAAUUUGCAUGGAUUAUAGGAUACACAUGGUACUGUACCCGAUAGAGAAUGUCACCUGUUUAUUUCUCUUUAAAUCUCUUGUUUUUUGAUGACGUUUAUCCAGUUCAGUGAUUCUUGUACCUUUUUUUUGCAUGUGGUGAUUCAAGCGGAAAUGGUAGCAUUACAAUCUGGCAUCUUAUACUUGGUUAAUUCCACAGGUUGCCAUGCCGAUAUUUAUGUAUUUAAACUAUAUCAGAUCGACUUUGUUACAAUUUAAAGCUGCAGUGCCUAACUUUUGAUGAUUUUUGUCCCACCUCUGUUUGGUCUUCGUGAAUAGAAGUGAUGUAACAUAAUUUGUGCAGUACGUCCUUUAUCUGAAACAAGGCUCUUUCAGCAAGACUAUUUGUGUGCCUACAGCUGCAGCGCAGGGGUGGGCGGAGGCAAGAAGCGUUUAGCCCAUCAAACUGCUGAAAAAACUCUUGUUUUUUGAGAAUUCAGUUCUGAAGAUUUAUUCUGGGGCACUUCUCCAUGUUUUCAUUCACACGUCAACCCCUUUUACACUUGUCUAGCAUAAUGUCGCCGCUGCCCUCUGUCUGUCUUGACACUGACAUCUAAACACUGCCACACCGAGAAACACAGAGAGCACUGUGUGAACUUACUUGACAAAAGUUUCAAUAUAACAUAAGUUAGUUUAAUUAUUUUAGUUUAAAAGUUACACACUGCAGCUUUAACUGCAUGAAGUCUACCAAGACAUGUAUUUAUUAACAGAAACGACAAUUCAACCUGUACUGCACUAACAGCAUGCACAAUGACACUGAAAACACCACCUGAAACGUUCUCUUCAAAUGCAGUGCUGCAAACCGUCCAGUAGGGGUCACCAUUGUUCUUUUUCCUCAGCGUACCCUCUUCGACGCACACAAAUCCAAAGCUGUACUGUAUGAUGUAGAAAUGAAUGACAGAUGUAACACCCAGGCGAGGAUGACACUUUUUUAAAUUCAACAGCUGUCGGCUUUACCACCUUUUUUCCAGUCCUUCUGGAGACCGUCUGUCACAGUGUGUGUGUGUGUGUGUGUGUGUGUGUUCUCUGUCAUCCAUCGCAUUUGUAGCGUAGUCACAGAUAAUUAUUUAAGAUGCUCUCAGCUGGAAAUAGAAAGCUAUUUAUUUUUUUUAAGAUAGAAUUCCUAUCACCAUAUUUAUUGCCUGAAAACUUACCCUUAUAUGCUGGAUAUUUUUGUUGUCAUGUAUGGAAUUGUAAUGUUCAAUGCACUGUCGAAUGCUGUAUUUCAUAGUCAAUCACUGCAUUAAUACAACUGUAUUUCAAUAAA